AUGACCUGGUUCCAGAAGCAAAUCGCACUGCCGGCCAAGUCGCGCGGCUCUUAUCUCAUCACGGAUCAGAUUGUUUCCGCGCUGCCUGAGAUUCAGGAAUACAAAGUUGGCUUGUUGAAUCUGUUUGUUCAGCAUACGAGCUGUGCUCUUAGCUUGAAUGAGAACUGGGACGAGGAUGUUAGAGCAGACAUGAGUGACGCUCUUGAUCGUAUUGCGCCAGAAGCUGGUGCCAAGGGAGAGGCUCUGUAUCGCCAUGAUGCUGAAGGCCCGGACGACAUGCCAGCUCACAUCAAAUCAGCCCUCAUCGGCGCCAGCGUCACUAUCCCAAUCAGGGACGGCAGACUAGCCACUGGAACAUGGCAAGGAAUCUGGUACCUGGAGUUUAGGACAAGCAAACAUCGCCGUAACAUAAUAGCCACCAUUCAGGGAGAUAAGGGAGAAAAGGCAUAA